UAUAUGUUAGAUGUUAUAUUAGGAGUGUGGGUUAGGGUUGGUACUUGGUAGGGAGUGAGAAAGAGAGAUAGCGUAAGCGUUAAGCGGAAGGAAGAAUGGAUCCAGAUGCGUUGGCGAAGGCGUUCGUUGAGCACUACUACACCACCUUCGACAACAACCGCCCCGGGCUGGCCAGCCUCUACCAGGACGGCUCCAUGCUCACCUUCGAGGGCCAGAAGAUCCAGGGCUCCCCGAACAUCGUCGCCAAGCUCACCUCUCUCCCUUUCAGCCAGUGCCACCACUCCAUCACCACCGUUGAUUGCCAGCCCUCCGCCGCCACCAACGGCAUGCUCGUCUUCGUCAGCGGCAACCUCCAGCUCGCCGGCGAGCAACACGCCCUCAAGUUCAGCCAGAUGUUCCAUUUGUUACCAACACCGCAGGGAAGCUAUUAUGUUUUGAAUGAUAUAUUUCGUUUGAACUAUGCUUGAAGAUAGACUAUGGAAUAUGUAACCUGAAAAAUAGAAGUUUGCCUCUGGGCUAUAGCUGUUUCAUAUCGUGACAUUUGUGAUUGAAAAAUGGAGUUCUUUUUUGGCUGGAUGCUAUGAA